AUGCACUCUCUGCUGCUGCUGCUGCUGCUGCUGCUGCUGCUGCUGCAGCAACAGCAGCAGCAGCAGCAGCAGCAGCAGCCAGUGCUUUUUGCUGAAGCUGCAGAGACAGGUUCUAUCGCUAACCCCUUAGAAAAACCAGAAGAUGAGGUGUAUGUACACCUCAAUAGAGAGGGGGAUGCAGCAGCAGCAGGAGACAGUUGGGGCGAUAGAGAGAGGAGACAGCAGCAGGAUGCUGUUUUGUCUCCUUUCAGCAGCAGCAGCAGCAGCAGCAGCAACAGUAGUAUAGGCGGUUGGAGGCAUUUGUUUGGCCUGGGGAGACGCUCUAGAACUCCUGCUGCAGCAGCAGCAGCAGCAGGUGCUGUUCUUGCUGCUGCUGCUGCUGCUGUGCUCGCUGUUGUGUUCCUGCUGCUGUCGUGUGGUGUCUCCAUCAGCAGCAGACAAGCAGCAGCAAAAGCAGGGGGCAGCAGCAGGCGGCUCGCAUCUAACCAGGACGAAGGGCCUUGCAUGGAAGCUGCAGCAGCAGCAGCAGCAGAAGAAGAAGAAGAAGCAGCAGCAGAAGGAGCAGCAGCAGCAACAGAAGGAGAACAAGCAGCAGCAGCAGAACCAGCAGCAGCAGAAGAGGAGGCACCAGUAGAAACAGGAGAAGCAGCAGCAGCAGCAGAAGAAGCAGCAGCAGCAGAAGAAGCAGCAGCAGCGGAAGAAGCAGCAGCAGCAGAAGAAGAAGCAGCAGCAGCAGCAGCAGAAGAAGCAGUAGCAGCAGAAGAAGAAGAAGAAGAAGAAGCAGAAGAAGCAGCAGCAGCAGCAGAAGGAGAAGAAGCAGCAAGAGCAGUAGAAGAAGCAGCAGCAGCAGCAGCAGAAGAAGCAGCAGCAGCAGCAGCAGGAGAAGAAGCAGCAGCAGCAGUAGAAGAAGCAGCAGCAGCAGCAGGAAAAGAAGCAGCAGCAGCAGCAGGGGGAGCAGCAGCACUCGAUCCAAUGGCCGUUCCCUUCGUCCCCAGAGCCUCCUCGUAUGCAGCAGCAGCAGCAGCAGCAGCAGCAGCAGCAGACCCCAGCGCCUUGACGGCUCCAGCAGCUGAAGAGGCUGCAGCAGCAGCAGCAGCAGCAGCAGCAGCAAGAGCACCAGCAGCAGCAGCAGCAGGACAUCAAGGUCUCGAUCCCUUUGCUGUUCCCUUCUUUCCUAGGACUUUCUUCUAUUCAGACAUUGGCGGUGCUGAUGAAGAUGCAGCAGCAGCAGCAGCAUACAGCAGCAGCCGCAGCCGCAGCAGCAGCAGCAGCAGCAGCAGCACCAAGGAAAGUGACGACGCAGACGAAGCAGGUAUGCAGCAGCAGGAUUAUGCGGGGCAACAACAACAGCUCCACCAACCAGCAGCAGCAGCAGCAGCAGCAGCAGCAGCAGCAGCAGCAGCCGCAGCAGGAGUACGUGGCGCUCAAGGGCUCCCAGGAGACAAUGUAAAUGAUCUAUUUUUAUCUCUGCUUGCACAGACCAGCAGCCUAGGCAGAGGAGAAGAGACAUCAGAGGGGUCAGCUGAGGAGACAGCUGAGGAGACAGCUGAGGUUACACCUGAGGAGACAGCUGAGGAGACAGCUGAGGAGACAGCUGGGGAUACAGCUGAGGAGACAGCUGAGGAGACAGCAGGAGCAAGAGAAGAAGAGACAGAGCAGCUAGUAGUAAGGCCAAAGACAAGAGGAGCCGUCACGGGUGUACAAGGAAAAAUAAAAAAAGAAGAAAAAAGAAAACAACCACAAACGCAUGCAGCAGACUUUCUUUCGCUGCUCCUCGAUGCUGCAUCCCCCCCCUUCACGGAUACUAGAGCAGCAGCAGCAGCAGCAGCAGCAGCAGCAGCAGCAGCAGCAGAAGUAUCAGGAUCAGGUUCAUGGUCAGAGGAGGAGGGAGCAGUUGGCGCUUACGACGAAGACGAAGACGAAGACGACGAAGCAGCUGCAGCAGCAGCAGCAGGAGCAGCAGCAGCAGCAGCAGAAUACGAGGACGAUGAAGAAGUAUCAGAGUUUCUAGCUGAGAUGGCAGCAGAAAGAGAAGAGGAGAGAGGUGUUGAGGGGGGGGGUUUAAGGGGGGGCAUCCCCAUACUGUGGGCGGGGAAGAUGACGAAGACAGUACCUAGCUCUAUCUCUCUCACCUCUCUUCUUAUUCGUUAUAGAGAGUUUGCUGAUCAUUGUAAACUAUAUAUAACGAGGUUACCUCGAUCACUGGCGAGGGGCGUUGCCACACGAAUACUGCGGUUUAUAGUUAUAGAGAUGACGAUGCUGGCACCUUUCUGUACAGCUGAAGAUGAACGUAUAAGACAACACCUUAUUAAGAGGUUUGAAGCUGUGGGGAAAGCUGUUGGGGGCAGGCCGCAGAGACACCCCAUACAGGCGAAUGCAUUAGAUUAUUUUUUAGCUUUAUUAGAGGAGUUGAGGGGUAUAGAGGGGAGACACGAGUGUGGGCUUCACUAUAAAAAAGAAGCAGAGAAAAAUACACUGCCUGCGUCUGCUGCUGCACUGCGACAUGUUGUGAACUCACUUAAUAUUUUACUACAAAAUAUAGAAAAAGGAACAGGAAAAGUUUCGUAUGCUGUCUCUGCAGUUCAGAAUAAAGUUAUUUCUGCUGUUGUAGGAGAAAGGCUCUAUCAGCUGCUGGGUGAUAGAGUAAGCGAGAAACUGCUGCAGCGUAUACAAACAAAAGUAUGUACGGCUCUUCUCUUUACAAAAGCAAGUGCACGCAAGGCGGCUAAGAACCCGAGACCAAAAGAAGGAGCAAUGAAGGCACUGUAUGUUGAUGCUGUAGCGAAGGAAGCAGCAACACAAGCUGCUGCUGCAGCAGCAAGAGAAAGGGGGGUUAGAGCUGGGAAACAAGCAGCACAAACUGCAGCAGCAACUGCAGCACUAGGGGAUACACCAGAUGAUACAGAAAUCAAAGAUGAAAAUGAAGAAGCUAUUGCUACUGCUGUUGCUAUUGCGCUGGAGGAAUACAGACGCGCUGCUGCAGAGCAUCAUCUGCAGGCGCAGCAGCAAGCCGCGGAUAUACUGCAGCAGGAGCGACAGCGCCAGAUAGAGCAGCAGCAGCAGCACCUGCUGCAGCAGCAGCAGCAGCAGCAGCAGCAGCAGCAGCGCCAGAUGCUGCAGCAGCAGCAAAUGCUGCUACAAACCAUCCAGCCACACGCAGCCCCACAACUCCCACCGAUGCUGCCGCCGAUGCAAGGCCUGCUGCUCCACCCGCAGCAGCUGCAGCCGCCGCUGCUGCAGGUUCCGUUUCUGCAGCAGCAGCAGCAGCUACUGCAGCAACAGCAACUGCAGCAACAGCAGCAGCAGCAGCAGCAGCAGCAGCAGCAGCGGGAGCUGUCUGGUGUGCGUGGUGUGAAGCAAGUGUCUCCUCCUGGUGUCUCCUCGUCAUCCGGCUCCUCCUCUUUCUUGUCUCCUGCUGCUUCUUCUUCGAGCAGCGCAGCCUCCUCUGCAUCACCAACAAAAGAAGAAAUAGCGAGCGGCCCCACAGGUGGUGCCUUCACUGGCUCAGACUUCACGCAGCCAUCUGCCCCAGGUAUACACACUGGCAGCAGACAGGCGCUGCAGCAGCAGCAGCUGCAGCAGCAGCAGCUGCAGCAGCAGCAACUACAGCAGCAACGGAUCCAGCAGCAAAGAACACUGCAGCAGCAGCAGCAGCGCAUGCACCUGCCGCUGCAGCACCUGCAGCAGCAACAGCUCCAGAGGCAGCAGCUGCUGCAGCAACAGGCGCAGUUGCAGGCACUGCAGCAAGGAGGCAUCUGGCAGCAACCGCAGCAGCAGUUGCUCCUCCAGCAGCAGCACAUGCUGCAGCAGCAGCAACAACUGCUGCAGCAGCAACGGACACAGCACCAGCCCGAUAUGCAGACAAGCGCACUACAGCAACAGCUGCAACUGCUGCAGCAGCAGAUGCAACGGAUGCAGUUGCAGCAGCAGCAUCUUAUACAACAGCUGGAGGUGCAACAGCGUCAACAGCAGCAACAACAGCAGCUGCUGCAGCAGACACCGGAGCUGCCGCAGCAGCAGCUGCUGCGGGAGUUCCCUGGUUUUGCUGCAGGUGCCCCCGGCAGCAGAGACACCCCGGGUGCUGUCAUUGGGACGUUCGUGGGUUCUGACUUCACAGCCCCUUCUACAGCAGGACGAGCAGCAAGAGCACCUGGUGCGCAGCUGCAGCAGCAGCAGCAGCAGCAGCAGCAGCAGCAGCGGGCAGCAGCAGCAGCUGCUGCGGCACGUAUGCAACAACAGCUUCAGCUGCAGCAGCAGCAACAAGCCGCUGAUAUGGCUCGUGCUGCUGCUCCUUGGGGGCCAAGAGGUGCUGCAGAUGCUGGCGAUGCAUUUGCUAAGGGUUUUGACUCAGCAGCAGGCGGUGAUGAAGGAGGAGAACAAGAAGAGCUGCGGCGGCUGCAGCAGCGGAUUGCUGCUGCUGCUAGUGCUUUUACUUCUGCUGCUGCGACACCCCCACCAGACUCUUCUUAUGUGUGGCCACACGGGGGCUCAGGUAUGCCGAUGCCAGAAGCAAGUGGGUUAGGAGCUGCAGCGGUGCAGAGACCGCACCCAACAACAACAGCAGCAGCAGCAGGUGCAGCAGCAGGAGCAGCAGCAGGAGCAGCAGCAGGAGUAGGAGCAGCAGGUGCAUGGAGUUGGGAUGGUAGGGGAGGGCCUUCACUGCAGGCUGAUGAAAGCAGCUGGAGGGCUGCAGGUGUACAUACACCCCAAGUACAGAGUGGAGAAGGGGGCGGCAUACAGCCACCAGGUGUAUGGGCACCUUCAACACAAACCGCAGCACCCGGUGCUGCUGCAGAUACACCAGGUGUACGUACACCCCAACAACCGCCAGAUGGCUCCAGCAGUGAUGGCUCAUAUCCGUACAGAUGGCAGUGA